CCUGAACGCACCAGUCCCAUGGUUGUACUAAAACGUUUAUCUCUAGGUUGGUCGUUUGAAAUAAUUUGGGGUAGCAAACAUUGUUUUUUUGUUUGCUAAGUUAACUUGUAAUCUAAUAGAUAUCUGAUCUGUGAAUUGGAUACAACGCAGACUACUGAGAAAUUAUGAAAUAGUAUUUAUACGAUACUUCCGAUUGCACUUGAAGGGAGCAUAAUUGCCAAGCGUCAGUAGCAUCAUAAUCACACAUCCACGAAGGACACCGUUACUGAUGAUUGUGAUGCCUUUGUGAAGAAUGCAUGAAGCCUAUGCCGAAGAAGUCCUGCAGUUAGCAGCGAAGACUGAGCCCCCGAGACCUCUCUCCAGUCUGAAGCUGAUCUGCAUCCGUGUGGCUAGUCGACAUGUAGCUCACAUUGACAUGGACGCUCUCAUAGGGCUCCCUGUGUCUCUGAUAAAGGAACUUCUGCCUCAUCUGAGUAUAUAUGACCUCAUAAGUCUCCAGCCAGCCCUGAAUCAAAGAGGAAUAUCUACUCAAUCAGCCUGGGUUCUGAUACUACAAGACAUUAAAGGUGCCCACCGUGUUCUAGACUUGCAUUCAGAAGAUGGAAGUAAGCAGGAAGCAAUGGAUACAUGUUUUCAGUUAAUGUUUUAUGGCUUCAAAUACAAAGGGGUUGCCAAACAAAUUUUUAAUGUCAAUAUCACCACCUUGUUCUUGGUCAUGGCCAAGUACAUCAAACGGUUCUACCUUAGACCCUCCCAAUUCCUUCAAACAUUUGCCAAAGAGCAGAGAGCUCUGUUGACCAUUUUAGAGGGUAGUGUAGACAUUGUAGAUGUUAAACACCACAAAGAUUUGUUGAAAACUGAAUCGCAGUUUGCAUUAUAUGUGCUACAUAGGCUCCUCGACCACGGGCAGGCCAAAGAGCUUAUCAUAUAUGGCCUAGAUCCAGCCAUGCUUAACUGGAUUCUUCAGGACAGGGGAUCUCGGCAUGCAGAUCAGCAGCUGACCUCUGCUCCCAGGUCAAUCUUAGUUGCAAACCCAAAAGCAGCAGCUGACAAUAUUGCAACAUGCACAUAUGUUGAUCUGGAAAACGAGGAAGACGUUUCGCCGUGCAAACGCCCAAAGUUGGAUGACACAUUCCAGGAACGGGGGGCGGAAACACUGCAGUCCCCUGUGGAGCCAGAGCUGCUUUGUCAAGCCUUCGCUCUCUACGGCAGCUGUCUGACCGGCUCGUGUCCCCGUGGACAGAUCUGUUCAUUGCAGAUACGGGAGUGUGGAAGGAGCACACUCGGUGUGCUUGUUCCUUUUCUACCCACAUGGCUCUGCCUCCGUUCUCUGACUAUACAAAGCUGCUGGAUCUUCAGGGUGUCUGAGGUGAAGUCGUUGGCCAAAUCUCUCAAACAGCUGUGGCAGACAUCCAGGAGCUCCCUGGUGGAUCUGGGCAUGGCUGUCCUGCCCCAGAGCGCCCUCAUGGCGCUGCUGCUGGACGCCUGCCCUGGCCUGCAUUCACUGUCCCUGGAAAUCCAUCCGCUGGAUGUGGAUCCCGGACCACAUGGAUCUGGGAUGACCCAUGAGCCCACUUACCCCAAAGAGUUGUCUCUAAGGAAACUGUCUGUGAAAGUCCCCCAAGUGAUGGCAGACAUACACAGCAUUACAGCAGUGUUGAAGCACUCUCCCCAUCUCACGUCGCUUCACAUCUCCGGGAUCAGGCUGCCCAAUUCCUCUUCCCACCGGGAUCUCCUCACUAGCAUCUCAGAGUCCAACCAUCGCCUGCGAACACUCCACUUGGAGGACCUUAACCUAGCUGAUUGCCACCAAGACAUCUUGAAUCUUCUGCGAAACUGCAUGUUGGAAGAGCUGUCGUUGAAGGAUUGCAGGCUGCUCGAAAGGUGCAGUGACAGAGAGUCCUAUUUACAACAAUUUAUAGAUUCCCUGAAGCAAGUGCGUUCCCUUCGGUCCCUCGACCUGUCGCAGAAUCGCCUCGCAAAGAGCGCCCCAACGCUUGCAGAGCUCUUCACGGGAUCCCCUGCCAGUGCGGUGAAAAGGCUGGACAUAAGCUCGAACUUUAUACAGCCAGCUGAGCUGUUGGAGUUGGGACAGCGGCUGCAGACGCAUCCCCCACAGCAGCGACUGACCCUUGACCUCAGGAAGAACCCUUGGGACCGUGACCGAGAGACCUGGCAUGAUGCACUGCGGACACUUCGCCCACUCUGUGACUUUCAGACUGAUGGAUGGAAAUCCAGAAACACAAUGGCUGACCACAUAAGCAAUAUGUGAAACAAAACUGGUGGCCAAAUAU